UUAAAAUGUUGCAGAGGACAGGAUCAAAGAUGGCACUUAUUCCUCUUUUGUUGAUUGUAUUUUCAUUAAAUAGUUGCAGUGGUCAAGUACCGCUGAUUAUGUGGACGAGCGAAGGGUACACUAUGCCACAGUUCCCCCACCCUUCUGCUGGUCAUAUUGUGUCUCGUGGUCAGUUUGUGUCCUACUUGAAUUCUGCGCUGAAAGCCACACCACAAAAUGUGGUGCUUUUUCUUCAGGAUAAGUUAAGUAUAGAUGACUUCACAGUGUACGGAGGAGUGUUUGGAAAUAGAGAAGACAGCGUCUUCUCUAACCUGGAGUCAGCACUGCAGGCUUCCACCUCUCGGCUGGUGCUGCCUGCCUUGGCAUGGCCUGUGACCGCAGCCAUGACUGAAUUGUUUCAGGAGGAGCUUGGUGUCCCAGCUGAACACACAGACCCAGACACCCUGACUGAAGACCAGCUUCACCAAGCAGACCAGUCACUGCUUGUCAUCAGCCUUCCCUACAGCACUGGGGCAGACUCAAAAGAGCGUCUCCGAAAGAAUGAUGCAGUUAUUGGGCAUGUCCUGAGUGUCCUCACAGCUAAAGGAGUACCUUACACUGCUGUUUACACUGGCCACAGACCCUCCACAGUCAUUCAGGAUACGCCCACAUCCUGGGUUGAGAGGUCACCUGGCCGUUCCUUGCUUCAGGUGACAGCAGCGUCCGUCAAACCUCCUGUGACAUUAAACAGCACUGAGGGCAAACCAUGCAUCAUGCUAUGGGCUGAAACACUCAGUGUCAAGUACUCUCAGAACGACUGGUUUGAUUUGGCACCACAUACUUUCAAUGGCACUGUGACUCUGGAUGGCUCGGUCUGUAAUGGAACAGUAUCUCGACUUGUCCUUAAUUACCCAAGUGUGCUGGGCUUCCAGUCUUUCCGUUUAAUAUUUUCCAUGCGUAAGAGCCUUUUCCCGGUGUCUGCCCGUGAGUGGUCCAUCCUGGAGCAGGUGGAGCUAGACUAUGACGGCCAAACGGCUACUUUCCUCAGCGGCCGUGGCAUCUACUCACCUGCCGAGUAUUCCUUUCACUGCCAGAAGGUCAGCAGCAUCAGUGAUCCGCUGCUUGUUCCUCGCACAGCCAGCGACAAUGCCACCUUGUGGAGCCUGUCCUUCACUGAUUUUCAGAUUCAGGGCUUCGGUCUCACAGAUGAAAACUUCAAAUAUGCAAGCGACUGUUCGGGAUUCUUCACACCGGGUAUUUGGAUGGGCCUAGUGACCUCUCUGCUUAUGAUUCUCGUACUCACCUAUGGCUUGCACAUGAUCAUGCAGCUCCGGACCAUGGACCGCUUUGACGACCCAAAAGGCCCUUCCAUCUCCGUGCCGCAGAGCGAGUGAUCCUGAGCUUCUGCCAAGACUGCUGUUAAACGUUUGAAGUAUUUCAGGGACAUUGGAAAUCUGGAUUAUGUAGGUCCUUUGUUGUACUGUAUUUUUUUAAAAAAUGUUGUGCCUCUUUAAAUCUCUACAAGGUGUGUGUGAAACAUGUCUGGUCAUUCAUCAUCAUCAUCAUCAGAUUUUUUUCUUGAUUUCCUGACUGCUUUAAAGCAAAUAUUUCAUUUUAAAUUUGAACAGUUGAUGUCGAGUUGUCUUUCGAAUGAAAUAAUUAACAUUCCUCUUAGUGUCUUGCUUUGCAGCCAUUUGCACUCUGAAUGGGGAAACUAUUUUAGAAUGUGUUUGUCAGAGUAUGCUUGUGAUGCACAAUUCAAAUCUUUAGAUGCCAAAUACACCUUUACCUGUAAGUGUCCUUUAACAUAAUUUAGCUCAUAUUUAUUUAAUAUUUGUAUUUUUCUGAUAAGUUGUGGUCAUUUACUAUGGUCUAUGUGCCUGAAAUGAACUUCUUCUUUGUAGUGGAGUCUGUCACUGUUUGACCUCUGGUUUUGUCUUAUCUUAUUGCUUAGUUAAUGUGCCAGUUUCAUUGCCUAAAAUGAUGAUUUCAUUCAUCUCAUGGUUUUAAAUUACAAAAAUAGUAAAAAAAAAAAAAAAUUCAGUGAGCUUUUUAGAAAUGCGAAAUUUUCACAGAUAACUUUGAAGUAAAUUCUUGUCAUUCAGGAGCACUCUGGUAAGCGUAUACCCACAGGUAUUGUCAUGAGUGGAGCACCAGUGAGGCCAAACUACAUUACACUGGACAGUCUGUUAGUCCUUUAUGCUCAUGGUUGGGCUGAAUUAUCUGUAUAUUUGAAGUGGCAGUAUAAUGGAAAAGGGCUUAGGAUGCAAUAAUGUGACUCCUUAAUUGUGCCUUAGAAAUAUUUUAUUUCAGCAGAGUUUGGUUUAAUCCUCAAUUUACUGUAUUCUG